AUGAAGAUCUACGGUUUUGUAGCAUCCCCGCCAUCAAGAGCUGUUGAGAUUACUUGCAAGUUCGCAGGGGUGGAGUAUGAGUUCGUAAGCCUCAACUUGAUGAAGGGCGAGCACAUGAACAAAGAGUUCCUUGCUAUCAAUCCCCGACACUGCAUCCCAACAAUCGUCGAUGACGAUUUGUCGCUCUGGGAGUCACGGGCAAUUCAACAGUACAUUGCCAACCAGUAUGCACCUGAAUCGUCACUCUAUCCUUCCGAAGCCAAGGCAAGGGCAAAGGUCGACUUUUGGCUAAACUGGGACAUGGGAUCAAUGUACGCCGCCAUUGCAGCUGCUGUUUAUCCAAAGAUGGGCUUUGCCCCUAUUCCCGAUGAUCUUGCAGCGAAAGAAGCCAAGCUUGCGGAACAAAUUCGAUUUUUGGACGGAUCAAUUCCCUCUGGCAACUUCCUGACCGGAACGGACAUUACAAUCGCUGAUAUCAGCAUUGCUUGUGGGCUGACUAUGCCCUGCCUUGUCAAUCCUAACUUCCUCGAUGAUUUCGAAAAUGUCAAAGCCUGGUUUGGACGAGUUGCUGCUUUGCCACAAUUUGCUGGCGUUCAUGGACAAUUCCAAGAAUUCGCUGCACAAAUGAUGGCUGCCAAAGCAGAGGAAGAAAAGAACAAGCCUCAAGUAAAAACUGCUUUUUGA